AUGGCUUCAGGCUUGUUUUCCGACUUUUCUCCAUGGCAUAUUCCUGCUGUUUUUAUAGCCACUGCUUUUACCUUUGGUGGUCUUUUGCCUUUUGUUUCACCUGCUCGGGCUAUACGAGAAUAUGGCUUACCAGAGCGUGUUGCCAACUCACAACACGCACAUACAGCCUUUGCCAUCUAUGGUAGUCGAGUGACAGCAUAUGGCAUUCUCCUAUGGCUAUGCUAUCUACGUCGUCAAUACGAAAUGGUCGAUACACUUUUGAGCUUUCUCUUAUUGUGGGGGGUAGCCGAUCUGUACGUCUGCUUGAAAGCAGGGGCUCCAGGGACAGCGGCUUGGAGGUUUGCGAGCAGUGUCUUACUUGGUGGUUGGGGCUAUGUAGGUUCAACUGCAAAGGGGUCUUUAUAA